UUUUAAUUUAAUAUCUUAACAUGUACGAAAACAGGCUGUAUACACAAAAAUACAAAUGAAAAGACUGGAAUUAGUUAUCUCCCGGUGAUUUAUGGCUAAUUAUGUCGAGUCCAUUUCACAAUAGACUUAACGCAAAGGAGAGAAGUUUAUCGGUAAAUUUUAUAACAUUUUGUGGUAAUUCUAACAAAAACUUUCCAAGGUCGUUCCAAGAAGCAGACAGUCUUUUUCUAAGCUAGAUUCGUUUUGGCUGAAGGCUGAAAUUGAGUAUGCAAACAGAGCCGUUUUUAUUCCAUUUCUCAUCAUAUCAGUGUUCAAAAAAUAGUCUUGGAGACGCAUCAAUUACUUCGUCCUUUCACACGGCGAUGUCUACAGAAAGUGUUACAAAGUUUACUUAAGUCGUUCCAAAGAAACAAACAGCCUUUGUUUAUGUUCGAAACGUUUUGGCCGAAGGCUGAAAUUGAGUAUAGACCAGUAUACAAACAGAGCUGUUUUCAUUUUUUUCAUUUCAAAUCAACAGUUGGCUAGUUUUGCAUAUUGAUCGUAUCAAUCAAGUGUGAAUGAAACAAAAAGGGUCAAAUAAAAAACGUGGCCGAAUUUGAUUAUUUAUAGAUAUUAGCAGUCAGGACGAAAAUUCGUGUUGCUCGACUCCUGGCCACGUCAGUUGGUAAUAACAGCAAUUAAUCUCCGGAGCGCUUAGCAAAAGAUACUCUGAGGAUUGCGAAGGGCAAACGCAGUGAAAAUGCACGCCCCUGUUGCUUGUUCCUUCCUUCUGUCUUUCAUUCUCUCGAUUUUCACCAUAACUGUCCGUGCUGACAACGCUUCAACCAUAUCAGAGCCGACUCCAUUCAAAUUAAACGACAAGGCAAUAGUCUGCAAUGUGGUAAACUCGCCCCCUGACGAAGCCAUCAAAUCACUUGAAAGGACUCUAGUGGAAACGUUGGAGCAAAAAUUCGAACAGCUUAUAGCCGCAGUUAACAAAACAGCUAAAAGUGCAGUUAACAAAACAGCUGAAGCUUCAUGUAAAGACAUCUAUGACAACCACAAGUCCGAAGGAAACAAACCUUACCUCUUACUGGUAAGCCCCCAGAAAAAGGUGCCCGUGUACUGUCACAUGGCAAGCCUGGGUACAUGUGGAGGUGGUGGUUGGACGCUGGUCAUGAAAAUAGACGGCGCUAAGCUUACAUUUCGUUACAAUUCCCAAUUGUGGAACAAUAAAGUCGACUUUAACCUUGCUGGUGGGAAGACUGGACUGGACAUGCAGGAGACUAAACUGCCAACCUACUGGAGUACACACUUCUCCAAGAUCUGUCUCGGUAUGAGGCUCGGCCAGCAGGUGCGCUUCAUUAUGAUCAACAAGCAUGCCAACUCCCUGUACUCACUGAUCGCCGAUGGAAAAUAUCGUGCCACCACAUUGGGUCGUCACCAAUGGAAGACUCUCUUGGGAUCCCAGUCCUCGCUGCAGGAGCAUUGUAACCUGGAAGGGUUUAAUGUACAUCCACGCCCAAAUCACCGCAGGGUCAGAAUUGGUAUCCUUGGAAAUAACGAAAACCAUUGCAACUCUUGUGAUUCUAGAAUCGGUUUUGGUUCUGCUGAUUCCUCUAACGUUUGUGGUAAUGUGGCCGCAUGGAGAGGGGAUAAUGGAGAUAAGCAAAUAAAGGCCAUGGGAUACAUUUUCGUUCAGUGACAUUUUAGAAAAUCUUCAUCCUUAACCUGCUUCUUAAGGGGAAGUCGCAUAGCAAAAUGUAAUUAGCUUAAUUCUACAUAAGCAGGUGUGCUUGUCUUUCAUAGGCUGUAAAACGUACACUUUGGAAUAAAAGCAUGUUAAGCGGGGCGCUCUUAAUACGACAAAGUUUUCACUCUUCAGAGGCGUUAAUAGAUCAGAAAAACACAAAGAGUUGUAAGACUGAGAAAUAAAGUUGGUGAUGGGAAAAAA